AUGGAAGGCAUCCAUGAUUGGCAAACAGUGACUGUUAGAGCAGAGAGACAGUGGUCCCGGGGCGCUAGUAGAGCAGCCAUGACGAAUGGGUCUCAGGCGGAGAACCUAACAAGCCUGCGGGUGACUGCUAAGGCUCAACGGGAGCCUGCCUCAGGACCACUUGGGAAUAGUGUCAAAGUAGUGUGGCUGGUGCAAGCAGGCAGUGCUGAUCCUCUUAACUUGAUGGCCAUGGCGAGUGGGCACACUAGACACAAUACAGUUAGCAAUGACCGACUCAACCACUCCGGGAGGGGAGUACUUUACCUGAUUAAGGGUCGGGGAAGCGUCGAGUCAUCGGCCGCACGCCAGCGGCCACCUUUCCUCUCCUCUCUGGCCUCCCAACACGAACUCCCCCUAGUCCAGGACACCAUCAUCCGCCCGUCUUUCAGGGACCGUCAGCAUCCCCGUCUCACCUCCGCCAUUGUUGGUCAGUAUCCAUCGUUGCUGCAGUCCGUUUCACGCAUUAACUCUCCCAUGUCGAUGACAACGCUCAUUAGCCAUGCAGCCGCUCUCUCCUCUUACCCGCAUUAUCUGAGACGUGCGAUGGCUCGGUUCCAUUCUGUUGCGAUCCGAUACGAGCGGCCCCAUGAUAGCCAACUUCGUGAUAAGGGGAUGUCUGAGCCCCGGACUACCCCUUACGCUAGCAGCCAUGAAGUCAUCGAGACCAUAUGUCCUGAUACCCUGCUGCGCCUCAGCCACAGGAUGACUGGCCGAGAGCGUUCCUUUCUGCCACUCCGGCGCUACAGCCACAGUUCAACCCACGAGCUCCCCGUUUUUACUGUGCUAUUGUCCACCACUCCCCACCCUGGCUCAGGCUACAGGCGACCGUACCGGUCCAUUGGGACUGCCUUGUGA